AUUACCUGCUCGGUUGUCGUUUGUAGAAAGCUCGCCUACCUCACCUCAAUUUCAACCAAGUCUUGGACUUAACUCCCAUCGUUUCUCCGAUUAUUAUCUUGAUGGCGGAUCACCUGACUUUAUGUGUUGACCAACUUGUUCCACCCGAGUCCCUGCAAUCACCACAAAAAGUUGAUGCUCGUGAAUCUACUUCAUCCAGUUUCCCGAUUGAUAUAGAUGAAGAGGGAGACAACAGUGCUGGUGGUGAAGAAGAACCACUUAUUCAGACUGUUGAAUGUCGAAUCUGUCAGGAGGAGGAUAGCAUCAAUAACCUGGAGGUUCCAUGUUCUUGUAAUGGCAGUGUAAAGUUUGCUCAUAGGAAAUGUGUUCAACGUUGGUGCAAUGAAAAGGGAGAUAUUACCUGUGAAAUAUGUAAUCAGCCGUAUCAAUCUGGCUAUACUGCUCCCUCUCCUCGUGCUGAAGACACCACCAUUGAUAUCAGUGGGGCUUGGACAAUUGCUGGUAGCCCAUUAGAUUUGCACGAUCCUCGACUGCUGGCCAUGGCAGCAGCAGAACGCCAACUUUUAGAAGCUGAAUAUGAUCAAUAUAAUAAUUCAGAUGCCAAUGGAGCUGCAUUUUGCCGCGUUGCUGCUCUUAUUCUGAUGGCUCUUCUUUUAUUGAGACAUGCUCUGACCAUGGGAGAUAGUGAUAGUGAUGACGAUGAUGCUUCCACCUUUUUUGCUCUCUUCUUGCUUAGGGCUGCUGGUUUUCUUAUCCCCUGUUACAUCAUGGCCUGGGCUAUAAGUGUAUUACAGCGACGAAGGCAGAGACAGACUGAAGGCCGAAAUCACCUUGUACAUUCAUCACGGAAGUGAGAUCGUGCAAGAGCGUGGCAUCAAAUACUACAAUAGAGGAAGCAGCAGCACUGGCAGCAGCAAGUGAUUUGGCAUUUUUGGUGCAGACGGGGCGGCAUAGGGGUUUGCAAGUAACUAUAGCAGCUGGAGCUCCAAUUACACCAGCACCUGCUUCAACGCCAGGACCUGCUCUUAACCCCCAUCAGGAGCCAAUUCAAUAACACACUGUUCUAGGGUGCCUGCUGUUGGGCUGGGGUUUAUAUGUAAUAACCAAUCCAACUCAUUUAGUUCAGGUUUAUAAUAUUUUAACCCGUCACAAAGAAGAAUUAUUUAUUAACCCAACCUUCGUAUCUAUAGUUUGGGUUGGGUGGGGGUCGGGUUGGGUUGAUACAGAAUAAAAAGAGCAAAAGUAUAAAUUGAACUUAGUCGUGUAUGUUCUUUUCAAAAUUAUUCGGUUCUUCCCUCAAGUUACGGUUUUCAAUUGUAUGCUCUUUCUUUCACUGUAUUAUGGAUUAUAUGUUACGUCUAUUUGCAUGUUGUAUAUCGUUUUAACUGGUUGGAUUUCUUUUGUUUGUUUGUUGAAUUUAGUGUGUAGAGAGAUUAUGGUUGGAGUUGGAUUCUUAUUAUACUAAAUCUUGUAAUUGAUCUUUAAAAUAACUGAUAUAAUGAUGUUUUAGUAUGUGUAAA